GGGUGUCGCGAGUGGGUCUGUGUGGAUAGACGGUGUGGUUUGUUUCGCAUUAACUGUCGGGGGUUUAUUUCGCAUUUUGUUUGGUCUGGACAAAGGUAGGCGAGUUUGUUUGGUGGCACGAGAACGUCCGUCGCUCCAUUUCGAAAAGGAAGGUGGAUAUUUAAUAAAGUUUUAUUUAGCAAAUUUUUGACGCCCUGAUCUAAUUCGAGGAUUUUUUGUGUGUGACGAAUGUAAACGUGUUUGGAAUUUUUGUCUUUUGGGAAGUGAAGAGAGGAAACGUCUAUUCGAAAGAAGGGGAAAAAAGUGUCGUGUGGUUUGAUAUUGUAUAGAAGUUGUUGCCAAGGCGACGUCGAGUACAACAAAGUCCCUCGUCUUUUCUCUCAAUUCUCUCUCUCUCUCAAUUUCUCUUUCUAUCUUUUCUCUCUCCCUAUCUUUCUGUUUCUCUCUACCCGACCCGCAUUACCCAAACGAAAUCCAUCCGACCGGGGGGGUUGAAAAUUCAGAAAACAACCCACAAACCAACUCGAGAAUAAGAAGGAAAUCGCGCCAGGAAAUCCAAGAAAAGCGAAGGAUUGGAAAGGUCGUGCCAUCUCUCCCUCCCUCGACCUUCGAAGGACCAGAGCCCCCUGUUCGAAACCCGCCGCACAGAUGAAUAAAUCCGGCAAGAAAGUCAAAAUGGCUUCCAUCCGCUCCAUUCGCGCGGGCCUCUCCAAGUCGUACCAGUCGCUCAACACCCUGGGCGCCCACGACAACGCCAACGACGACUACAGCAACAUGUACGACCGCAGCAACACCACGGACUGGAUCGGCGUCGACAACUUCAAGAGCGGGAAGAACGCCAAUUCGCCGUUCUCUGCCCUGAAGAACGCCAUGUCAAGGGUGUCCCGAGGCAAGCACAGCGCCUCCAGGAUCUCCGUCAUCCUGAAGGAGUUGGACGACGAGUGGAGGAUUCAGGAGGAGCCGGCGGUGGAGGACAACUUCUUGGGAAAACUCCGCCGCACCUCCGCCAAGAUGCCGUCCUCCGUCGCUCUCUCUGCUGAACAGGCGUCGCUGCUGGGGACCAUGCCAAGCGAUGCCCUGGAUGACAUUGAGCUGCGCCACGUCCAGCUCUCCGUGGCCAACGCUCGCACCCUGAGCGAGGAUGGGUCGGCCGGCAACAAGGAGACGGUGGAAACGCGGCACGGACCCAUCACCGUGGCCAUCACCGGCGACACUUCCAAGCCAGUUAUCCUGACCUACCAUGACCUCGGACUCAACCAUGUCACUAAUUUCCAGGCAUUUUUCCUUUAUCCCGAGAUGAGGAACAUUGUCAACAACUUCUGCAUUGUACACGUGAAUGCGCCCGGACAGGAGGAAGGAGCACCCACUCUGCCGGAAGGCUAUGUCUACCCAACGAUGGAGGAAUUGUCCGAGACCAUUACCUGUGUCAAGAGUCACUUCCACAUCCGAACUUUCAUUGGCUUUGGCGUGGGUCUUGGCGCUAAUGUCCUCUCUCGCUACGCCACCAAGUAUCCUGCAGAUGUUGAUGCUCUGGUUCUCAUCAACUGCUCGUCAACCCAAGCCGGAUGGAUUGAAUGGGGCUACCAGAAGCUCAACAUCCGACACCUCCGCUCUGGAACAAUGACGACGGGCACUGUUGACUACCUCCUCUGGCACCAUUUCGGAAAGUUGGAGGAAUGCAACCAAGAUCUGGUGACGGUGUACAGGCAACACUUCGAGAAGGCUCUGAAUGCCACGAACCUCGGCCUGCUUGUUGACUCGUACAUUCGCCGGACUGACCUCAACAUUGUGCGUGAGCUGGACCCCAACAAGAAGAAGGAUGUGCGAAUGAUCAGGACCCAAGUGUUGAACAUCACCGCCAACCACUCUCCCCAUGUGGACGAUACAGUCACCUUCAAUGGAAGACUUGACCCCACUUUGUCUACAUGGAUGAAGAUUCAAGACUGUGGACUGGUGAUUGAUGAGGCCCCAGGGAAAGUGGUGGAAGCUUUCCGACUCUUCCUCCAGGGUCAAGGCUAUGCGGUGAGUGGAUCCCGCCGGUCUUCCGCUGUGUCGAUUGGAGAAGGUAAAUCGUGUUGAACGCAUCACACAUCAUCAAAAAAAACAAGCUUUGUCGGUCCACAGUCGCGGCAUUGGCUCCAGACAGGCAUCCUUAAACUCAGUUAAUGGCUCCACAACCAGUGUCAAGGAUAUUCGCAUCACGGAAAACCCCCUACAAAAUCCUACAGUUUGAACGACGCUUCGGUGAUUGCGAGUCACGAUCCGGGAGAAAGAUGUGGAACAGUGUGUGAUAUGGACUAUGGUGAUAUGUAAUUUUUUCAUCAUGUCUCUGUAUUUUUUAUUUUAGCGACGACAAUUACUGGAAGGUUGGACGUCAUCUCAGUUGUUGCAGGAGGAGGGGGAGGGAAAGGCAUUUUCUCUCGUCCUCCUCCAUUUUGAGGUGAAAGGGAGACCAAAGAAUUUUUCUUAACUUGGAGAAACUUUUAUUUUACGAUAAGUGACGCGACUUUUUAUUGUUAAAAUUUUGAAGAUUAUAGACAAAAGUCUUUGGUUUUCUUUCCUUCAUGUUUUUUUUUUUUCUUUUCUUUUUUCUUAUGGUUCAUGACAAGGAAGACAUUGUUUUCCCAUGUUAACAAAUUUGUUUAAAUCUCAAAAGUAUUUAUAGGUAAGAAUGGAAUGAAAUAUUGAGUUGUUGGUAAUUAAUGUUUAUUUGUUAUGGGUUCUACAUCAGACGAAGAAAACUGUAGCCUUUGUCACUGUCAGAGAGCACAGGAAGGUGCCACUAAUCUUUGGUCCUCUGAUUUCUGAAGGUUAUUUAGCUUUUUAUUGGCAUCCUGCAAGCUAAAUGAUGAAAUGGUAGAAGAGAAUUUUGUUCAUACAAUAGAAUAUGUAAAAAUGAAUGUAUGUAUGUGCAUGUGUGUGUGUAUCAUGUAUGUGUAUAUGUAAUAUAUUAUAUAUGUGCAAAGUGUGCAAUGUAUCUAUUAUAUAUACAUGUAUAUAUACAUGUGUAUGUAUGUAUGUAUAUACAUAAUAUAUAUAUAUAUAUAUAUAUAUAUAUAUAUAUAUAUAUAUAUAUAUAUAUAUAUAUAUAUAUAUAUAUAUAUAUAUACAUAUAUACAUAUAUACACAUACAUACACAUACAUACACACACAUAUACUGUUUGAGAUGCUCACACACACACACAUACAGACACACACAUAAGUAUAUGAAAUUAUUGGUAUUAUAUUUAUGCUGUUGGACUUUUUUCUUUCUAUGCUGAUAGUGAGUACUAUUUCCUGAUUUCAACUAGCUGAGUCUUUACUGCAAAAGCCAUCAGUAAAGCUGUAGGGAAGACAGAGACGUAAUUGCUGUAGUCAUUACAAGAGAAAGUAGUCCCACCAUUGUAUACAGUAGACCAGGUAGCACAAAUUUUAAUAAUGCUACAUGCUUAGUGAUGCCAUUUUCCUAUACUUUUAUCCUUCCUUUCUAUCUUUUCUAAGACCAACACACUUUCCAUAAUUUUAAAGACGAUCUUGCGUAGUUUUGUGAACUGGGUUUUAUUGAUUUUAUUAUUAUUUUUAUACGUUUCUUUUUAGAAGGAACUUGUUUGUUUUUUUAAUUUUAUUAUUUUUAAUAUUGGACUAAAAGUCAUGUGUUUAAGGAUGUUGCAAAGUGAGUUAGGCACAGAGGACUGCACGUUCCAUCCAAUAAUGAAAGAACUUGUGAAGUGGAGGCAAUCUAGUCAAGUUUGAUUGAAGGCACUGCAGCCAGAACUGCCUUGUUUAGGGGAAAGCUUUGUAAAAGAAGACUUCAAUCUGUUUUUUUUUUUU